AUGGCUAGCAAGUCCUUGGAACAACAGAUUGCCACCAUUAGGCAAUCCCUCUUUACUGAGGAAUUAAUCCUUGAUGAGCAGUUCGCUAAAUUGGAGGAGUUGGAGGGUGAGGACGAUCCAAACUUUGCUGAGAAUUUUGCGAAUAUUUAUUUGAGCGAGUCGACAAAGUAUAUAGAUACCAUAGAACAAACAUUUGAAGCAAUCGCCCUCGAUGUUGCUAAGCUGGAUGAAUGUCUUGAUUCCUUCCAACGCGACAGCGCCUGCCUUGGUGCUAAUAAGGUGAUUAUUGAAAUCACUAAAAUGCUUCAUUGUUGCAGGAGAGGCGAUAUGGAGGGGUAA